AUGACUGUUGCUGGAGGUCAUGAAUGGGGCAGUGCCACCAAUCAACUCAACGAGCCUGAAGGUCUCUUCGUUGAUGAUGAUCAAAGGAUAGUCAUUGCUGACUCGGAUAAUAAUCGUAUCAUCCAAUGGAAGAUGGAUGAUACGAAUGGACAAGUAGUAGCUGGUGGCAAUGACAAAGGAAAUCGAUUGGAUCAAUUGAAUUAUCCAACCGAUGUGUUGAUCGACAAAGAGACGGAUAGUCUCAUUAUUUGUGAUUGGUUGAAUCGACGAGUCGUACGAUGGUCUCGUCAUAGUGGUACAGCUCAAGGAGAAAUCCUCAUCGACAAAAUCGCUUGUUGGGGAUUGGCCAUGGAUGAUCAGAGAUAUCUCUACAUCUCUGACGUCGAAAAACAUGAAGUAAGACGAUAUCAAAUAGGAGACAAGAAUGGAACUUUUGUGGCUGGUGGCAAUGGCAUAGGUGCUGGUCUCAAUCAACUCGACUGGCCGACCUACAUCUUUGUCGAUCAACAACAGACUGUCUACGUGUCAGACAACAACAAUUAUCGUGUGAUGGAAUGGAAUAAAGGUGCAAAAGAAGGAAUUGUCGUCGCUGGAGGUCAAGGCAAAGGG